GUAGUUAUAAACAAUGGACAUAAAAAUAGAAAACUUUGGAACUUUACCAAAUGGUGAAACUGUGAAAAAGUUUGAAAUAACAAACAAGAAUAACAUGAAAGUCUCUCUUAUUAACUAUGGAGCUGCGUUAAUAGGUCUCAUUUGUCAAGACAAGUUUGGGAAGUUUGAUGAUAUUUUACUUGGAUUCGAUGAUUUGGAAGGUUAUCUCAACUACAAUUAUUUUGGAUCUACAAUUGGUCGUUUUGCGAACCGUAUAUGCAAAGGCAGAUUCAAAAUUGAUGGAAACGAGUAUCAGUUAGCACAAAAUAGAGAUGAAAAUCAUCUUCAUGGUGGAUAUGUAGGAUUUGAUAAGAAACUUUGGAAUUGGUCGCUUCAUCAUAAUGAUGGUGUUGAAUUUAGUUUAGUUAGCGAUGACAAUGAUGAACAAUACCCAGGAAGUCUGACAGUUAGUGUUAUAUACAAAAUUACAGAUGAUAAUGAGCUAAAAAUUAUUUUCAAAGCAACUGUGGGUGGUAAAGCAACAUUGAUUAAUAUGACAAAUCAUGCUUUUAUUAACUUAACUGGCCAGAGUGCAGGUGCUACUAGCAUUUUAAACCAUGUCCUUAAAAUUAAUGCCCUCAGUUAUCUUCCUCAUGUUAACUUAAUACCUUCUGGUGAAAUAAGAGCAGUUGAUAAAAACUUUGAUUUUUUGCAUGGAAAAAAAAUUGGUGAUGAAAUUAAUGAUGUUCAAGGGGGCUAUGAUCAUAAUUAUUGCUUACCUGAUGGUGACACUUUUUGUGCUCUAGUUUACGAUGAAGUUUCUGGUAGACAAUUAGAAAUUUAUACAAGUCAACGUGGUGUGCAGUUUUACUCUGGAAAUUUCUUAAAUACAAAUAUGGGCAAGCAUGGAAACAAGUAUACUUCACGUACUGGAUUUUGCCUCGAACCGCAAGGGUAUCCUGACAAUCCUAAUCACCCUCAUUUUCCACAAUCUAUUUAUCGACCUGGCGAUGUUUACGAAGAAUUUAUUACAUGGAAAGUGUCAGUUAAGGAUGACUAAAUAGUAUGUAGAUAGUUGUUUUGAUUUGUGUGUGUGUGUCUUGAAUAGAUUUUAUAAAUUUUUUUUUUUUAUUUGUAACAAGUUAAUUUUCAGAUAUUUUUUGAAGAAAAGUCUUUUUGACCAUGUUUUUCAAUAGUGAAUAGAAAACUUAAUGAACUUUUUGUUCUGGAUUCCGGUAGAAGUUUAAAAUUUUUUUUUUUUUUUUUACUGGCACGUUAACGCGUAAACAUCUUGUUAAGUACUCUUAACAUCUUUAAAUAUUUUGCUAAGCGAGUACACUUAAUAUCUUUAAAUGAGUUCGUAUUUUGCUAUUGCUUAAAUCAUUUCUUUCCUAAAAAUAAUUAUUUUAUUUUUGAGUUAAAAAAAUUAAAAAGUUGUCAGAAAGAAUUUAAAAUUAGCUUGAAAGUUUUCCUCAUAAAUAAGCACACAGCAGUCCGCUACACAGCCGUACGCUAACGAUAUAUUUGUUACUUUAUUAAAUGUUACAACAUACGCUUUUGGUUACAAACAAUAAAGUUUGAAAAAUAAAGAAAAUAUUACUUUAAGAUCUUU